CCUGUCCGCCUGCCUGACAGGUCAGCCUCUAUCACUGUGACAGCAGCAGCUGUUCAGACCUGACCAACACGCGCUGCCUGCAGGUCUGCUUCAACAACAUGUGCAGUUCCUGAAGACUUCAAAGUUUCCAGUUUGAAGGCUUCCAGCAUGGUGACGCUCGGGGUGAAUCAGCGUGGGGGAGACCAGAGAGGCCCGCUCAUGUCCCCGCUGCAGCUGUCCGUCUACUGGCGCCUCUCUCUCAUCUUCUUCUUCACCUCCUUCCUCUUCUUUCUGGACAUUUUCACGGCCGCCGUGGCCGCCGAGACAUGUCACAACAACAAUAGCGCGCACGCCUCUUGGCUUGGAAAGUUGGCACCGGACGCGGAGGACAACCAAUCAGCGCUCAGUGAGGUUUCUGAGGGCGACGCCGAUUGGAGGACGGAGAGCGGGACCCGAGACUCAGUGUGUGCUUGGACAGACUGGUUGUCUUAUGGUCAGAUGCUCUUCAUGACCGGUCUGCUGCUGGGAUCUCUGUUUGGAGGAGCCGUAUCUGACAGGUACGGGAAGCGCCCGGUGCUGCUGGUUUCUAUGUUUGUGCACGCCGUGUGCGGACUCGUACCCGCUGUCUUUCCUCAGCCGCUCCUCUUCCUCAUUCUUCGCUGCCUGACUGGCAUUUGCUGCUGCUGUAUCAACAUUUGUGCCUUCAGUCUGGCGGUCGAGUGGACGUCCCCCGAUGCUCGACUGUGGCCUCCGGCCUUUCUGCCGUUCUGCUUCAGCCUGGGGACGAUGACUGGAGCUCCUUUGGCCUGGCUCAGCUCUACCUGGGGACGUCUGCACCUGUCGCUGGCUCUGCCUCAGAUCGUCUGUCUGCCGCUCUUCCUUCCAAUCCCAGAGUCUCCUCGAUGGUUGUUGUUAAAGAAGAGGACGGCUGUCCUGGACCAUUACCGAAGCAACAGCCCUGCAGAUAAACAGCAUCUGGACCUGCUGUUGGACUCGGCCUGGUCGGACUUGCAGAAAGCCACCGAAGCUCAGAGGGAGGAACCUCUCACUGGAGGUCAUGCCCCCAGUGACAUCAUCCACCUGAGGCACCCAACUGUCCUGAUGCGGUUGUUUGUCAUGAGCUGUCUGAGUGCUGCAUCAGCUUUGACAUACUACGGAAUCUGUUUGAACAUCGGCUCUUUUGGCAUCAGCGUGUACGCCGCGCAGUUCUUCUCCGGCCUGUCUGAAGCUCCCUGCCUGCUCGUCCCGCUCAUUCGCCUGGGACGCCGACAGAUGAGCAUGCUCGCUCUGUUCCUCAGCGGAGCCGCCUGCUUCCUCUCAUUACUCCUCUCCAGAUACAACGGUACGCCGAUGCUCGUUAUGAGUCUGGCUCUGCUGGGGAAACUCUGCAUUCUGGCUGCCAUCUUUAUCUCCACCUUGUACAGCAUUGAGCUGUUCCCCACUGUGGUCAGGCUGCGCUGUUUAUCUCUGGUCAACCUGUCUUUCCGGCUCGGCUGCCUGGUCAACACCCUCGUCCCCUCCAACCCCGAUGGAGUAAUCUCGUUGGCUGCUAUGAUCAUAUACAGCAGUGGCCCAAUCAUAUGCUGCGGUUUGUGCCUGCUGCUGCCAGAAACCAGCGGCGUCCCGCUUCCUGACUCGGUGGAGGACUGUGACAGGCAGCUACAGCCCCACUCCUCUGACACGGGCAAACUCUGGGGGACGCAGAAGCUGGUGAGCAGCCAACCCAGCAAAGUGGAGCCGAUCCCUGCAGAGAAAGACAGCAGCAUUUCAGGGCUGCUGAUAUGAACACAGCCGACAGCUUUCGGUUACACCAAAAAACAAAUGUGAGUUCACGUUAGAGAAAUUUUAACUUUAUACUGCAAAAGCUGCCAGCAGGCAGGGUGAAAUAUUUCCCCCUCAGAGGAUGUUGGAGGAUUUCCAAGACUUAAAAGGACGUGUUUUAUUCUUAUGCUGUUUUUUCCUGUUUGUAACUGUUUUUUUUUAUUACUGUGAAAAUAAAAUCAAGCCCAAUUUC